CUCUUAUUACUUCUAAAACCGGAAAGUUCUAGAGGCUCUAGCUUAUAAAACUAGUAGAUUCCUGGAAUAGGAAGGAAACCUUCUAGCUUCUAAAACACCGGAAUUUACCUUAUAAGGUUUCGUACUAGCUUCUAAAAUAUCGGAAUUUACCUUAUAGCUUCUAAAACACCGAAAGUUAUAUAUUCCGAAACAAAGCGUAGAACUUUACUAAGAAUAUCUAACUCUAAUAGCCUGGAGAGACCCAGCGAGGCAACAUGUCGCCGGCUAGGUAGGGAGGCUCACAUUUCGAACCCUGAUUCUUGACUCCCGAGCCCCGAUAUUAUACAAGAUCUCGGCCGCCUGCUGGGACGGCUGCGAUUGAUCAGUUUCAUCUUUCCGACGGCUAGCUGCUCAGCAGGGCGACCGCGUAUUGCGUGCAUAUUUACAACCAAGCUUAGCUUCGUCCCCUCUUUCUGUACAUAUUACUCUUCGUCUUCCCAAGAACAACUCUCCGGCUUUCCUCUAUCCAAAUCUCUGGAAGUCGCUGAUCGCUUUCUUUGACUGGUCCUCUUUUCCUCUCUUUCGUUUCACACCCAGUGCUUCCUUUUAUGGCUUUGCAGCCCAAGAUGAGCCUUUCCAUCCAGAUCAUCGCGGCCGUUUUGGGCCUGGUUUUCUGCGUGAACAGGAUCUUCAACUACAUUCGGGUUGCCCGCUUCAAGAAGCAGCAUGGCUGUAAGCCCCAUGUUCAGAUACCUCAGUCUGAACGCAUCAUUGGCUAUGGCCUGUACAAAAUCCAGAAGAAAGCCUCGGAAGACAGGACAAUCUUGGCGAUCGGCAAGAAAAGAUUCGACGAUAAUGGGAAUACUUGGUCAGCUACGUUGAUGGGCAGAUCAUUCUACAAUACUAUCGAUCCCGAGAACGUCAAAGCUGUUCUUGCAACGCAAUUCCAGGACUUUGGCUUAGGGCAGAGGCUGGAAUCAUUUGGCCCUCUACUUGGCCAGGGAAUUUUCACCACAGACGGAAAGCAGUGGGAGCAUUCAAGAGCUCUCGUCAGACCAAACUUCACCCGAUCACAGGUCGCUGACCUUGAUACAUUCGAGACGCACAUUCAGCAAUUCAUCUCCAAGAUCCCCAGGGAUGGACAGACCGUCGACUUGCAGGAACUGUUUUUCAAGCUGACCCUGGACUCAGCAACUGAGUUCCUCUUUGGAGAUUCAGUCAACUCGCUAAACAGCAGCAAAGAUUCAGAGCAAGACAAGUUUGGAAGACUCUUCGACCUAGCACAGAGUAGACUUGGCAAUCGAAGCCGUUUGGGACGACUAGUGGCGUUGUACAGGGACUCCGAAUUCGACGAAGCAUGCAAAUUCGUGCACCAAUUCGUUGACAAGAUUAUUUUCAAAGCUCUAGAGAAGGCACACCCUCACGAUCCAGAAAAAUCCAUUGAGAGCAAAUCAGAUCGCUAUGUCUUCCUCACUGAAAUGCUGAAAUCGACUCGAGAUCCCAAGCAGUUGCGGGACGAGCUCUUGAACAUCCUUCUUGCAGGAAGAGAUACAACAGCUAGUCUUUUGAGCAAUACAUUCCAUGUUCUUGCCCGGAGACCAGAUAUCUGGAAGAAGCUCAAGGCGGAGGUGGAUGAAUUGCAAGGUGCCAAGCCAGACUAUGAGACGUUGAGGAACAUGAAGUAUCUAAAGAACCUGUUGAACGAAUCUCUCCGUCUGUACCCUGUGGUCCCAGGCAACGCCCGUUUCGCUAACAGGGACACCACCAUCCCUCGCGGCGGUGGUCCCAACGGCGACGCACCUGUCUUCAUCCCUAAAGGCGCCAUUGUAGCCUACUCAGUUUUCGCCAUGCACCGCCGCAAAGACAUCUAUGGUCCCGACGCGGAAUCCUUUAACCCUGAUAGAUGGGACGAUGGCUUACGUCCCGGCUGGGCAUAUCUGCCUUUCAAUGGAGGGCCUAGAAUUUGCGUUGGUCAGAUCUUUGCUCUUACUGAGGCAUCAUAUACGACGGUUAGGCUGUUGCAGGAGUUUGGUGGGAUUGAGGAUCGUGACGGGACGCCGUGGGAGGAGUCGCUCAGUCUGACGGUUGCAAGUGCGAAGGGUGUAAAUGUUGCGCUGACACCACGGUAGACUUGCUUGCUGGUGGUUUACUUUCUAUUACUCAUCUUCUCGUGGCGCAUGGCGUUCCGGCGGUCAUUUGCUUAAUCUCAAGGGUCUUAAAAUGUACAAAUUACCCUUUACUUAAUGAAGUACAGACUCGCUUCUGCUACGAAUGUAUCGUAUGAUGUAUACCCCAAAUCAUCUUACAAAGCUUACAUCCGACCACUCACGCCGUCAUGCUCUCCUGAGAUCCCGAUCCACCUCUGGACCUUGAAGCGACAUUGAGACAAAUCACGCGAAGGCGUUACCGCCGCCGAUGCAAUGCAUCACAUCGUAUGAUUCGCAAUGUAGCAAUGCGCAGAGAACGCUGCAUCGUCGAUGACCGGUUGACGACGUGCAACAAAACAACAAAACUAAACACGAUCCUCUUCUCUAUGACGAUGGGUGUAGGGGUUGAGCUGUGGGGAGCUCUUGAUUCAGUGCUGAUUCAAUGUCCCUGAAGAUUUUCCUUUGGCGUAAAAAGAGGUUCUGUAUCCAUGACAUGGGUUUCGAAGAUCUUCAAGUAAUGUUACUGAGGAUAUGCUCAGGGAAAUGAUAUGUACCGGGGAGAACUUCGAAAUGACUGUACAUGUUGUUCAUUAGAAUAAGCGCUUUGACGUUCCUUUGCGUAAUUGACAACGUCGCCCCCGAACCCGAUUUCAGAAAUUAAACGGACCUUUCUUUCUCUUUUAAGCAUUUACUUUCGUAAGUGAAAAAACAAGGGGAUCUGAUUGACUUCAUGCGACAAGUUCCGAGCUUGCUCGCUCGGUCGCGGCAGCUUUCUUGCUUACCUGGAGGCAUAUGCAUCCCAUAACAUCAACAAUGUGUCAGCGAGUUCUGCGGCUGUGGUAGAUGGUAAGUGUAUGGCGAGAACUCUUAGGGGAAGAUGCCUGUUGCGAGGUAUGUUCCGAAGACAUACCAUGCUGAUAAGCCGAGAAAAAGAAGCCAGCCUGGAAAGGAAAUGAUAUCAGAGGGUUAAGUGUCUGAGAUAAUAGUGAAAGUAGUAGAAUAUUUUGUGUAUGUUAUCUUAGAAGGGUGGCUGAGGGAUAAAUACUAG